CGUGGUAUUUUUAAAAGUUUUUUUUUCUUUAUUAUUGCAUAAAUAUGACGGUCUAUUAUAAUACUUUUAAAAAAAAAAACUUUUUUAAUAAAUACUGCGGCUAAAACAGUAUUUCUCUAAAGGUUCGUUUCAAUUACGAAAUGGAUUUUUAUUAUUACUUAAAUUAAGGUUUAAACUUUCAAAGUAAUAUUUAAACUAAUUAAUUUUUUACCCCCUUUUUUCGUUAUUUUCGUCAUGUUAUUAUUUGUCCUAGUUUUUAUUUUUUUUUUUUCUAAUUUUUAACAUAUAAACCAUAUAUAUAUGACUUCACAAAUAAGCCCCAAUAGGGAAAACGAAACCAUGUUUGCCCGUGAGGAGACAAUUAUCCUCAACGUUGGAGGAGUAAAGUACGAGACAUAUCCUUCAACAUUGACCGCAUUUCCCGACACUUUACUUGGCACAAUGUUUCAAGAACGAAAUAGAGAAAUGUUGCAUCCAAAAAAUGGUAAUGAAUAUUUUAUUGAUAGAAAUGGUAUAAGCCAAGCGGUUGGAGGUCAAGGAACUAAUUUUGGCGUUUCUCAAACGCCACUUGGAUUUGGUGCUAAUCAAGCGGACGGUAAUGUACAAACAUUUGGAGGAAGUCAAACAAAUGUUGUAAAUGGUCCAAACUUCAACGGGGAUCGAACAUCAGUUAACGGACAACAAUUUGGAGGAAAUUCGACAAAUGUGAAUGGACAAGCGCCUGGUCCUCCCCCGUUUAGUGGAAAUCAAGCAACAGGAGAUGGACCAGCUGUUAACGGACCAUUCGUUGGUGGAGGAAAUCAAGCAACAGGUAGUGGACCAUUCGGAAGUGGAACAAACAAUCAUUUUGGACAAUAUGGUUCAACUUUCAAUGUUAAUCAAACAAACAACAAUGCAAAUGGACAAUUUGGUAGCAAUCAAAAUGUUGGUUUUGGUUACGGUACUACACCAUUUAUUAAUCAAUCACAAGGAUAUGGGUCACAUACAAUAACUGGAUAUGCAGGAGCUCAUUCCAGUCCUUUUGGUGGAAGUAAUCAUACGGUAACAUCCUAUAAUGGCGGCGGACAAACAUAUGUACCACUUCAUUCAGGUUAUCAUGCUUUUGUUCCAACGGCAACUCACGAUAGUGAUACACCUUCAAUGUUUUAUCGUCGAGCAGAAGGCAGGGCUCUGAAAUUGGUAAUCAGGUUAGAUUAUGAUUAUUCAGUGGCAAACAUAUUGUCAAAUACUUGUCUUUCUAAAUGAUUCAGUCAUAUGUUAUAUAUAUUAUAUAUAUAUAUUUUGGUCUAUGACGGUAAGUUUAAAAUACAAUACAAAUUAUUAUUUUUUGAUGUAUGUAAUUAGUAAAAAAAAAAAAUUAAUUCACAAAAUUUCCAAGAUAAUAUUUAUUUAAUCCUAAUAUCACCCGUUCACUUCAGAAAAUAAGAUUCAUGUUUCAUAACUUCUUAUUUUUUCAAGGAGG